UCUAUAUCCCUGUGUGUCAAUUUAAGAGUCAGAUUGCGCUCUCUCUCGCGUGUGCGUGGAUGUCAGCCACCGCAAGACCCCGAAAGGUAGUCGGCGACAGCGAGCCUGCCCCGAGCGGACCUUCCACUGCCUCGGUGCGGGAUUUCCUUGAGACCAGAUGAGACUCUGGAGACGUGCGCCUACCUGCUCGCGCUGAGCCCCUCUCCGCCUCUGGAUAUCACUGCCGCUUCACACGCAUCCUGCACACUUUGAGUCUCGUGGUAUUUAUAGAUAUAUAUUUUGUUCUCGUUCUGUGUCACGGAACGGCACACGCCUGAGAGAGGACUCAUCAGAGUGAAACUUUGAAAGGAGACUUUUCAAACUUUGGAGUUCCAUCCAGUAGCGGUGAGCUCAUGUGGUUUCUCAUCUGACAAGAAGAGGAAGAAAAAGAAGAAGAAGAAGGAGCAUUUCUCUGGGAACUUACAGAAGGCUUUAUUCUUUGGGGGGGGGAACAUGUUCAGCAAGUGCUCCGUGGUGUUAUUGAACGUGCUCUUUCUGGUGCGGGCGCUCUCGGCUCACGAGUGCACGCCGUGUAGCCAGCGGACGUGUUCCGGCAAGGCGACGCACGGCUGCGAGGGCGGCCGGAGCCUGGCCAGGGAUCCGUGCGGAUGCUGCGACCAGUGCGCCCGGCUGGAGUGGGAGCCGUGCGGCGGACAGGACUGGGCGCACGGCUACUGCGCCCUGGGGCUGACGUGCGCCUCUUUCAACACCACGGGGGCAGCCACGCUCCCUGAGAUCGGAGUGUGCAAAGUGCUCCCUGACCAUCCAGAAGCAGGCCUGGAGGACGAGCGCUGUCCCCUGAUGACCGGCUGCGACAGAGCUGGAGGUCAGUGCGUGUGCGAUGCCCGUCACUCCUGCCUGGGCUCUUUCGCCUACCCCGACCAAGAAACCUGCAUGAAGGCCAGCAAGUCAGAGGGUCGGAGGCACGAGCACCGGGACAGACACAGAGAGAAGUAUGUGGGACCAUCCAACCCGGCCUGCAUGUUCUCAGGGUGUAACCUGACCGCCGAGGGCUGUGUGUGUGAGUCUCAGAGCUGCCAUCACCACUUCGCCUACAUCAACCGCAGCCAGUGCCAGGAAGCCGCAGAGGAGCUGCGGUGCGCCGGAGUGACGUGCCCCACUCUGCAGGUGCCCUCCUGCCCCAAGGGCUCAGUCCUGACCAAGAGCUACACGCCCCCUGCUGGCUGCUGCCCCUCUGUGCCGCCCCAGUGCACCUGCGACCUCCGUGCCUGCCACAAGCCUCAGUGCCCGAGCGGACAGCGCGCCGUGCCGCUCAGCCAGGCCAGCGGUCAGCCAGGAGACUGCUGCGACAUCUUCGAGUGCCAGAAAGUCUCUCCCAAGUGUGUCCACAAUGGGAAGGAGUUUUCCGAGGGCGAGGUGUACCGCAUGGACCCCUGCUGGCUGUGUCAGUGCCGGGGUGGGAUCUCCUUCUGCUCCAAGGCAGAGUGCGCUGAGCUGGACUGUGAAAACUUUUACAUUCCUGAGGGCGAGUGUUGUCCCGUCUGCAUAGAUGUGGAGUUACUGUCGAUGGACAGCACCAAGGCGAGCUGCUGGGUGAACAACAAGCUGCGAGCCCACGAGGAGCAGUGGAAAGAGGACGACUGCACCUUCUGCCAGUGCGUGGACGGAGAGCCGCACUGCACGGCCAUGGCCUGCAAACAGAGCUGCCAGAACCCGGUCAAGAUCCCCGGAGAGUGCUGUCCCUUCUGCGAAGAGCCUUCCUACGAGACAGUCAGCCCCAUGCUCUGUCCUCCCCUGGAAAACUGCUCCCUCUCAGGAAACGACUGCCCCUAUGGCUUCCAACAGGACAGGAACGGAUGUCUGCUCUGCCACUGUCUCAACAAUGACUCCUGCCCCGACCUGGGAAAAUACUGUUCCCUGAAAUGCCCGAUGGGAUACGAGAGGGACGAUUUCGGCUGCGAGGUGUGCGAGUGCAGCAUCCCCAUGCCCAAGUGCCGACCUCUGACCUGCACUAAGACCUGCCCCUAUGGCUAUGUGAGGAACAAGCACGGCUGUGAGAUGUGUCGCUGCGUCAAGUGUCCCCCCUUCACCUGCGACAAGCACUGCAGCGACGGCUAUCGGCAGAACAGGAAGGGCUGCUCCGUCUGCAUGUGUAAAGAAAGUGGCCAUGCCCCGAGCACCACUGUCCCAGCACCGAUGCCCAGCUACUGCCUCACCUCCAACGGGCACCGAUACGAGGAAGGCGACGGAUGGCAUGACGGCUGUCGUGACUGCUACUGCCACGCCGGACGGGAGAUGUGUGUGCUCAUUUCGUGCCCCGUGCCCAGCUGUUCUCAUCCAGUUGUGAGGCCUGACCAGUGCUGCCCCACGUGUGAGGACGAGUCAGGCAGCGGUCAGCCAGAGGGGAUGGACAUGGUGGUGUGCAGAGCGCCCGGGGGGGAGUUUUACGUGGAGGGGGAGACCUGGAACCUGGACGAGUGCACACGCUGCACCUGCAGGAAGGGACGUGUCCUGUGCGACACUGAAGUGUGUCCCCCGGCCCUCUGCCAGAUGCCAAUCAGGAACAAGGACACCUGUUGCCACGUGUGCCCAGACGAGACCCAGAGCCCGCUGCUGCCAGUCAACAACAGCCAGCAGGAGUACUGCAUAACCAACGACGGAGAUGUGCUGCUGGCGGGAGACUCCUGGAAAGCCAACGCCUGUACCAGCUGCACCUGCAACAACGGCACCAUUCAGUGUUUCUCCCAGCGCUGUCCGGCUGCCAACUGCCGGGUGCCCGUCUUACGCAAGGGCCAGUGCUGCCCACACUGUCUCGAAGUAACAACGUCGGUGCCGGUGAUGGUGUCUACCAGCGCCCCCAAGACAACGGCCUCUGUGACGGUGGAGAGUGCAGCGUGGAUCACUACUGUCACUGUACCGCCCAUCAUCGCUGAAACAGAUGAGCCAGGUCUGGGUGAAAAUUACCCCAGCCAAACAGAGAUGGCCCUCAUCUACCAAUCGGCAGCCUGGAUCCUGGCAGGUCUCCUGCUGGCCAUCAUCAUCUUCCUCAUCGUGGCGUUACUUAUCAACAAGAAAAAGAAGUGGGUGCAGAUGUCCUGCUACAGCGCACCAAAGAAGACUGUGAUCCUGAAGAAGCAUGUGAACAAGAACUCGGUGGUCUACAUGGAGCCCUCCAAGGAGAACAAGUUCCAGAACGUGAAGAACGACUGCGGCAUCAUCCACUUCUCUCCGGAGAUGAGCUCCCCCUGCCCGGACAAGAUGACCAUCCCCAGGGCCAAGCUGAGCAUGGGCAACGACUGGACGCCGCGCUAAAAACAACAACACCGCUCCAGCUCCUACCCCCCCCUCCCCAACCCCCCAGCAGAGCAGCGCUGUCCAGCACCUCCCACUCUCUCUCACCUCUGUAUCCAAGGCGAUUGGGUGACGCACCUUGGGUGCUGCCCGUGUUCCCAUCCUUCCUUUUCUGAGGAUGCUCGACGAGAGACAACACAAGCGACCUCUGUUUUUCUUCUACUAUGUGUCCAUAUUCUUCUUUGGGUGCAGUGAGACGCUGGGAGGUGGACGGAUGCACGGACAUAAACAUAAAAAGGACUCUGCUUUCAAGCGGAGAAGGAGGCAGCCGGAGAGGCUCCUCUGUCAGAAUCAGACUUUGACUGUGAACAUUGUAAUAUUAUUGCUCGUUAUUGCCUCCUUUGAAACUGGAACGCUGAGGCAAUAAGAGGGGCAUUAAAAAGCUUUAGGACAGGGGUUUGGGCUGUAGUUUAAAGGGGCUGUAGAAGAUGAAGCCCCCCUGAGAUCAGCAGUGCUUCGUGGAUGUAAUCAUUUUCAGCAGCAGGGAGGCCAAAGGAACUGAUAAUCCAGUUGGAUCACGUUGGGGUUCAGCAGCCAAAUCAUAACAAAGUCAACAGGCUUUAUGUAGACCCCCAGAUCCAAACCCCUGCCUUAGAAUGUGUGGUUUCCAUCUUAGUUUUUUGUAUAUUUCUACAGUGUUUGUACUCGUUGUAGUGUUGUUCUUGGCCACCUCUCGUUUUUAUUAUGGGUGUCUCUGUGGGGCCAGCUUGAAAACAUUUUGAAAAUGCCAGUCCAAACAUUCCCCCCCAAGCCCCAAUCGAGUUCAGGAAGGACACACUUCCCAGAUAACCGCCUCGUUUUCUACCUUCAACUGACCUGAGUCGUCCCAUUCAGAAAACUCUGGACGACAAACAGCAAUGAAACGUGAAUUUCACCUCCAGUUCCUCUCUCGCCUUUUUUUUUUUUUUUUUUUUGCUUCAUCAUCAUCUCAAAAAAUCGCAAGAGCUGAGGUGGUGUGACGUUCAUCUGGGAAGAAUCGUUUUAGCUGUGCCAGACACUUCAUCUGGCCUUUGAUACCUCGCCUCACUGCUUCAUUUACAGCUGUGUGUUUGUGUUUUGUGUGCGUGUGUGUGGAUCUUCCGUUCACAAUGAAUGUUAGCGAUAGUGAUGAGUCGUUUUUAAAGCCUUAAUUCUAUAGCCUUAAUGCAUUUUCUCUGUUUCUCCAUUUAAUAACCGAGUUAGCCCAUAUCAAGUAAGCCUAAAAAACAAAACAAAAAAAAAACUAAUAUAUUCAGAUUUAGUUGUACAGCGUCACUGAUGGUUCUAAUCAACUCUGAAAGUGAAAUUAUGUGAUGUGGAGAUGUUAAAAGUGUAUGGGGAGCUUGUUUGGUACACAUUACAAAUUAAGAGCAUGUUAAAGAGACGUAGCACUUUUCUUUGGAGCCAGUGUUUUUCUUUUUGAGAGAGAGAGAGACAGAGAGUCCUGCAGGGAUUCCUGGAGGGAUAAAGGCCCCUAAUCAGGGAUUUGAUAGGCAUAUUAGCCCCGCAGAGAUGUUAAACCACUCAAGUGAACACGCUGUUGCAGCUAGAGGCUCUGUACCAAUCUGAUCAGCACGAGGGGAAGGAGAGAAUCUGAGAAGCAUUACGAAACAAGGAAAAAGGUCUUGGAUCGGAGGUUUCGACCCACUGCCAAUUUCUCAAUACAAAGACCAAUCUGAUGCCAAAAUUGGUUGGAGACCAGUUUUAUAUUGAAGUGUUUUAGUAACUCGGUAGAUUUGUGUCUGUUUGAAUCAUGACUAUGUGCUUUAAAAAAAAAAAAAAUGAAGAGGUGACUGUAAAAGCUUACGCAGUUCUUUGUUCUUCUAUGUGUAAAAAAAAAAGUAGUUUAAAUUAGUAGGACAGAAGAGUACCUUAUUUAUUUUUUCACAUAGCUUUAUUUAUUAAUACUAUAGGUUGAGAUUUUUUUUUUUUUGGAAAAAUGAACUUUUUGGUAGCCAAAGCUGCUGUACAUUGUAGACUAUUUACCAUUUCUAUCUGCUAUAUUCUAUACAACCUUAUUUAUUUCACUGUUGCAAACCCUGUAAAUAUGUUUCCUAGAUGAUGAACUGUAACAUUUACACUUAUUUUGAAAAAUAAAUGUGUGAACCAAAGUAG